ACCGCUUAUUGGGAUACACCAUACGAGGCUGGGAUAGAGAAAGAGAAUAAAACAUCGACAAGUGUAGUAACCCCAGCAUCGCGAGCUAAGACAGAUAUGUAUUUUGAUGAGGAGGAAGGAGAAACGAACGAAAAAGCUAUCGAGGAAGAAUUGGCAUAUUUUGAUAAUCCCGCACCUCAGUCGGUGAAAAAAAAACGAAUAGAAAGGUUGUUUCGCAAUCAGGGGGAGAAACAAACGAAAGUAAGUUAG